UUAAUAUUCUAGUUGGACGAAACAUGAACUAAUGUAACGAAAAUAUAAAAUACUCGUGUAUAUUUAUAGCUAAAUUUCAAUUGUCUAUUAAAAUAGUAUAACGUUUACAAAUUUUGUAUUCUGUGUUCGUUAGUUCCUAUAGAAAUUAUUCCCUUUUCAUUGCUAUUAUCGUUAUGAUUUAAAACGGAUCUAUGGGUGAUUACUGAAAACGCGGGAAACUACUGCGUUGUGUACUUGAGUUGAUAGGGAAAUGUCCGUUGGGCGUUGUUGGGACGGCGGUGAACGUUUCACCGUGAAAUACAUAUUUUUGGUUUCCUUUGAAUACCAGAAACAUCUGAAUAAUUAGCUCGAGAACAGCUGAGUGUAACUUUAAAGAUCCACCGAUUAGUUCGUUGCUAGAAUACCGUGGUUGGAUUUUCUUCGUACACUCUCUCGUUUUUCUAACGGCUACUAUCAUGAGGCCUGGAGGUGGUACGAAGGUUUCUACCGCCAAAACUGUUGCUUCUGAGGAUAAGGUCAGAAAGUCUUUGCACGUUUUGCAGCCAGCAGCCAACGACAAAGAAAACUUAGUUGGCGGAGGGAGGAUGCUCAGAUCUGCUCAGCAAACGAAGGAAACAGUUAAACCGGAACAUAACGAUAAAUCGAAACACGAUGCUCAGAAGCGUAAAAAAAUAACACUUAAGGAUAAGGGCGUACAAACUGCAAGAGGGAAUAAGAUUAAGAUCGAAGUGGAAGACUUGACAUCAGAAGGACCCAGCGAAAACUAUUGGGAAGUAUUAGCUGAAAGGCGGCGGAUAGCGCUCGAUGACGCUUUAGAGGAGAACAAAGAACUAUCUGAUCGCGUCGAGAAACUGGAAGAGGAAAAUCGUAUAUAUAAAGAAAUGUUAGACGAAUCGAGAGCGCUAGUCGAAGUCCUACAGGAAAUGCUUGGAGAAGACAGAAAUGAUAUAAAUAAUUCUUUAGACGAUAGUACUCUUUAAUUUAAGAUUUCGCGAUCGAGUACUUAACGGUGCCUUACGAACGAAGGUAUAGGGAAGAGCAUCUCCAUAUUGGAGAUAGUAUAAUGCACUUGUCUUUGGUACGACGAGUUACAUGAUACAAAAAAAAAGUCUGAGUAAAACUUUAAUGAACUGAAAAUGGAAGAGCUUCUAUAUUACUGUUUUUUACAUUUAGUCAUCCAAGAUUGGGUGUGGUCACGAAAGAAUUAUCCAUAAUUUUUUACUUAUUCAAUGUAAGACUAUGACCGUGACUACAAACACGUUUACCUCAUAGAGUACUAUCAAUUAUAACAUAAAUAUUAUAUAAUUUUGAUUACAAGAAAUAAACUAAACUUUCUAAACAAAACGGGGUUUUGUUUAGAAUUUUCGUUCAUUG